GUUGUCAAACCCGGUUAAAUACUUUAUGAAAUGACCGAAGUAACGGAAAAUAUAGCUAGAAGAGCAAUUUCAAUUGCAAUCUCAAAAAUGCCUCUACAGACUCAAUUCAUUAUUUCGAGAAAAGGAAUGAACGAACAUAAAUAAAGUAGAAGUACGACUAAAAGAAAUAAAAGGGAUAUUGAAAAAUGGCUCCAUAAUCCAUUACUUAUUAGUGGCAAGUUGCAGGCGGAUUUGGGCUUUUGAGCGCUCGAAGUCCGAAGUAUUAAGGUGCUUCUUGGGCCAAGUUCUGUGAUUUUAUUACUAUGAUCUAAUAUUGUUUCUAGAUGCAAAAGUUCUGGGAACAAAACGAGUGAAUUUCAAAUUGCUGAGUUGGCUUUCGUUUCUCAUCUCUCCCUAGAGUUUCCGAUGUCCAAAUUUUUCAACACUGUCAAACGGGUGUUCCCGGCGACUUCAAAAACGCACCAAGACAUUGCCGAUUUUAUCUCCAAUGCCUUAAUUUCUUCUCCCUAUAAUCCCCUGCAACUCUCAUCCAUUACUCAUCUUGAUCCCAAAGUAAUUCAUCUCGUCCUCACCAACCCACGAGUCCCGCCGCAGAGUUGCUUGCGCUUUUUCAAAUUCAUCCAAACGAACCCAUCAUUAAUUUCUGGCUACAAACCCAUUCUUCAAUCCCACGUUGCGUUGGUCUUGCGCUUGUUUGAAGCCAGAAAAUUUGGCGAAGCCAAGUCUGUAUUGAACGCCGUUGUGACCACCGAUGAUUUGAGAUGCCCCCUUUCGGAAUUGGCAUCUUUGGUGAGCAGAGAAUCUCUGGAAUCCAAAAUUGUUGAGACGCUGUUUGAUAUGUUGUUCAGGGUUUAUGCUGAUAAUAAGAAGUUUAAAGAGGGGUUCGAGGUCUUUGAUUACAUGGUAAAUAAUGGGUUAUCCAUUGAUGAUAGAUCUUGCAUAGCAGUUUUACUCGCUCUCAAGAGAUGUCGUCAGUUUGAAUCAUUGUAUGCAUUGUUUAGGAAAAUGGUUGAGGCCAAUGUCAAAAUUACCGUCUAUUCAAUGACAAUGGUGAUUGAUGGUCUCUGUAAAAUAAAGAAGAUUGAUGAGGCCAGAAAGGUUUUGGAUGAAAUGUUGGGGAAAGGAGUAAAGCCAAAUGAAUAUACCUAUAACACGUUGCUGGAUGCAUAUAUAAAGAGCAUGGACGCUGAGGGAGUUGAAGAAAUCUUAAAGGCAAUGCAGAGGGAUGGAGUUGGCUUCGAUGUGACCACUUACACGCUUUUGAUUGAUGGGUCGAAUAGUAUUGAAUAUGCAGAGAAGCUGUUCGAUGAAAUGCGCGAGAAAGGCUUACCGGCUGACGUUCAUGUGUACACUGCAAUGAUAAGUAGGUAUUGUAAGGCCGGGAAUAUGAGGAAGGCAUUUUAUCUGUUUGAUACGUUGGUGGAGGAAGGUCUUGUUCCAAGUGUUCACACCUACGGGGCCUUGAUCAAUGGGGCAUGCAAAGGUGGUCAGAUGAAGGCAGCAGAAAUUUUACUCGGCGACAUGCAAAGCAACGGAAUUGAUCCUAACCGGAUCAUUUUUAACACGUUGUUGGAUGGCUACUGCAAGCUAGGGAUGUUAGAUGAAGCAAAGAGACUUAGAGGGGUCAUGGAAGGGAAAGGGCUUGGACCUGAUGUGUAUUACUAUAGUAUAGUUGCUACAGCAUUGUGUAAAGUUAGCAGAUACGAGGAUGCGAAACAGACUCUGUUUGAAAUGCUAAGUAAGGGUGUGGCUGCCAAUACUGUCACUUACACAACUCUGCUUGAUAUUUAUUGUAAGGAAGGGAAUUUGGUGGAAGCAAGGAGGACAUUUCGAGAGAUGUUAAGUAAGGGGGAGAAACCUAGUGUGGUAACAUACAAUGCGUUGAUAGACGGAUAUUGCAAGAAAGGAGAAAUAAAUGAAGCCCAUCAGUUAAUGGCAGAUAUGCAAGUUGAGGGAGUAGCACCUGAUACUUAUACAUACACUUCUCUUGUGCAUGGUGAAUGCAUACGCGGGAAGACAGCUGAAGCAUUGAAAUUGUUCAAUGAGAUGCAGUCUAGGGAUUUAGUUCCAAAUGUUGUAACUUACACAGUGUUGAUAUCUGACCUUUCGAAACAAGGGAGAUCAGAUGAAGCAUUUAGAUUAUAUGAAGAGAUGAUAGAGGCUGGUCUCACACCUGAUGACACUGUAUAUUCCUCACUUGUGGGAAGUCUUCAUAGUUCUGAAUCUAAGCCUGAUACCGAUGGCAAGCAGAAGUAGAACAAAAAAGCUUGCUGCUGUGUCCAUCUCUUCAAAACUCAAUCACAUUGUCUUUAUAAGAUCUCUUUUUGAUAAGAUCAUGUUGACCACUGGAUUUUGCGCCUGGUUUGUCCACUGAUAAGACACUACCAAAGCCUGUAAAGAGCUCAGAGUCUCCAGCUGUUGAACUCUCUCUUUUGACAAUCCGAUCACAGAGCCAAUUUUGAGUAGAGAUUUUUGCUUGCCAUUCAUGUGUGUGACGACAUUGUAUAUUCCUCAUCCGUGGGAAGCCUUCAUGAGUUUGAACCUUAGCUUAAAACUGAGAGGAACCAAAGGUAGCAUUUCUAUGUACAUAUGUGCUCUCUACUGCUUGCUACUAUGUCAUAAUAAAAGUCUCUUGGGAAAAAGUAUCUGCGGGUGGUUUCAGACGCCGUUGCAUAGUAACCACUGUACCUUUUUUCUCACAUUUUGCC